UCGUGUAUCGGGUCACGCAUGACCCGGCGGCGCAGGAAAGGACCGGCAUCAAGGCGCGCCAUUGGGGAAAGAUGAAAGCUGACGAUGCGAGCUCUCGAUCUUCCUUCCUUUCGCUGUCUCGCUUCCGCCUCUUGCUCUCUGAGCUCCGGUGCCGUCACUCUCGCCGUCGGCAGAUGGCCGGGAUCAGAAGUCGAAAAUCCUCGCUCUCCGAGUGCUUCCCUCUUUCCGGGAGGCCGAAAUUUUCCUCUGUUUCGGUUUCUGGAAAAAUCCAUCGCCGAAGCGGACUCCGACCUCGGAAAGCUAGUUCACGCUCGCAUUGUGACCUCUGGACUAGAAUGGGAUCGAUUUCUGAAUAAUAAUAUUAUGAAUAUGUAUUCCAAGUGCGGACUUACGUCCGAUGCGCGAAAAUUGUUUGAUAAAAUUCCCCAGAGAGACUUGGUCUCUUGGAACACGAUUCUCGCCGGGUACGCGGACGAUGUUGGCGGAGCCAAUGAUGGGUUUCUUGUCUUUCGGCUUAUGAGGCGGUCGGCUGUCUCUCCCAGCAGGUUGACGUUUGCACCGGUGCUUAAGAUUUGCGGCAGGGAAGGGCUCGUCUGGAUUGCAAUGCACGUCCAUGCUGAUGCUCUUAAGUUAGGCUUCAUUUCGGAUGUCUUUGUCGGUGGAGCUCUCGUCAACAUUUACGUAAAAUUCGGUAACAUCGAAGAUGCACGCUUGCUAUUUGACCAAAUGUACGAGAGAGACGUCGUCUUGUGGAACAUUAUGCUUGACGGGUAUGCUCAGACAGGCUGUACUCAGGAAGCGUGUAUGUUGUUUUCGGAAUUUUAUCGAUCCGGCCUGAAACCGGGAGAGAUCAGUGUCUGCCAUCUUCUUAAUGCAUUGUCUUCCUUUGAUUUGGUUGAUGAAUGGAAAAUUAAGCAGGUCCAUGGAUAUACUUUGAAGUUCGGGAUAGACUCGUAUCAGACAGUGCGCGCCAUGUUAGCUGACAUCUACGUAAAAUUUGGUUCAGAAAUGUGUUUUUUCUGUGAUAAUUCAGACGUCGUUAGCUGGAACAAGACAAUGUCUGGGUUCUUACGGAAUAGGAAAAAUACAAAUGUAUUGAAAUGCUUUGUAGAAAUGAAGAAAUCGGGUGUAGAUCCUGAUUUCAUUACCUUUUUGACUGUUCUUGGUUCUGUUGCUUCUGAAAAUGCUCUAAUGGAAGGCAAGCAAGUGCACUGCGUAAUUGUGAAAACUGGCAUAGAUGGAUGUCUAACUGUGUCGAACAGUCUAAUCAACAUGUAUUCCAAAACGGGUAGUCUUUCCGAUGCCAGACAUAUAUUUGGUGGAAUGAGGGAACUGGAUUUGGUAUCGUGGAACUCUAUGAUUUCAGCCUGCAUUCAGUAUGGUUGCGACGUGGAGUCAAUACAUUUAUUUGUGGAUAUGCAGCGUAGUGGUGUGGUUCCUGAUAGGUAUACGUUGACUGCAGUUCUAAGAGCUUGCGCAACUGUCUCUUUGGGGUUAAAGUUGGGGAAGCAAGUCCACGUACAUGCUGUAAAACAUGGUUCUGCUUAUUAUGAUGUUUUUGUGCUAACUACGCUGUUAGACUUGUACGCUAAGCACGGUUUAAUGAAAGAAGCAAUGCUCUUGUUUAGUAGAAUGAUUAAUAGUGAUGUGGCCGUUUGGAAUGCGUUGCUUUCUGGGUAUGUUCUUAACGAGGAGGGGAAUGAGGCACUGAAACUCUUAAUCUAUAUGCAGAAGGCUGGCAUUGGAGUGAAUCAGUUUACUUUGGCUACUGCGGCGAAGGCAUGCAGCUUGUUAGUUUUGAUUACGGAAGGAAGACAGCUCCACGCCUAUACAGUCAAGCUCGGAUACGAGUCAGAUUUAUGUGUAGAAACUGGUAUUUUAGAUAUGUAUGUAAACUGUGGAGUUACUGAGGAUGCAUACAAACUUUUUAGCAGUAUGCAGGAGCGGGAUGAAGUUGCUUGGACUACUAUGAUUUCUGGAUGUGUGCAGAAUGGAGAUGAUGAUUUUGCUCUGCAGCUCUAUUAUCAGAUGCAGCGCUCAGGUGUUAUUCCAGAUGAGUACACGUUUGCUAGCCUGAUUAAAGCUUGUUCAUGUUUGGCAGCGCUAGAACAGGGAAAGUUAAUGCAUGCAAACGCAAUUAAAAUGGGGAUUGAUUUGGACAAUUUUGUUGCGACUGCCAUGAUCGAUAUGUAUGCUAAAUGUGGAAACAUAGAUGAUGCAUAUUGUCUUUUUGAGCUGAUGGAAACGGAUAAUGUUGCUUCUUGGAAUGCUAUAAUUGCGGGUUUGGCACAACAUGGACAUGGUGAACAAGCCCUUCAACUCUUCGAGACAAUGCUUCAUUUGGGUACAAAACCUGAUAAGGUGACAUUUAUUGGAGUUAUUUCAUCUUGCAGCCAUGCUGGACUUGUGAACAAAGCCAAGCAGCUCUUUGAGUCAAUGUGUAAUGAUUAUCAUAUCAAGCCUGAAAUUGAACACUAUGCUUGCAUGGUCGAUGUCCUUGGUCGAGCUGGGCUGAUUCAUGAUGCUGAGACGCUGAUCAAAGACAUGCCUUUUGAGGGGUCUGCUUCUAUGUAUAGGUCUCUUCUUGCAGCAUGUCGAGUUCAUGGUGCUGCAGAAGCUGGGGAGCGGAUGGCGGCAAGGCUUGUACAUAUGGAACCGAAUGAUUCAGCGGCAUAUAUUCUGUUGUCUAAUAUGUAUGCAUCUGCAAACUUGUGGCAAGGAGUGGUCAAUGCCAGGAAGAUGAUGAAGCAAAAGGGGGUGAAGAAAGACCCAGGACAUAGUUGGAUUGAUGUGAAAGGAAACGUGCACUUGUUUGUUGUGGAUGACAAGUCUCACCCACAAUCUCAUGACAUUUACAAGAAAUUAGAGGAGUUGAUUCAAAGAAUUAAGGUUGCAGGUUAUGUUCCUGAUACAGAUUUUGUGCUUUUGGAUUUAUCGGACGAGGAAAAGGAAAGGGCUCUGUAUUAUCACAGUGAAAAGCUGGCAAUUGCUUACGGCUUGUUCAGCAUUCCACCCCCUCUACGCAUUCGUGUCAUAAAGAACCUCCGAGUUUGUGGUGAUUGCCACAACGCAAUCAAAUAUAUAUCGAAGGUUGAAAACCGGGAAAUUGUUGUUAGGGAUGCAAAUCGGUUCCAUCACUUUACAAAGGGUGUAUGCUCUUGUGGAGAUUACUGGUAGCAGAAAUACUCUUUGAACAGGUGAUGGUGUCCUUUUGGUCCACACCUCGAAGGGGGACAGACCACGUCAGAAUAUACCACUUCCACUCCUGGCUUUCAUUAAACAAGCACGAUUGACUUACCUACAGCACGGGGCUCAGCAGCAGAGCAUGACUAUUUUGGUGGCAGAUUAGCUUAAGAAGCACUGGUCCCGAUAGGCAAUAACAUUCAUGAGAAGGAACUCUGGGAAUCCCUUACUGAUUAGAAAACCUCAAGAGAUUUUCUUGCUGUUGUACAUAUCAAACUUGUCACUGAUUAGAAUGCUGCUGUAUGAUUAGGAUGUGACAGCAAUUUUCUGUGCUAAUUAGCAUUUGGAAGAUGGGGUUGGUGUUUGAACACUAUCAGAAUUUUGGUAGAUGACCGAUAAGUCAGAUUCUUCUGAAAUACUAGUUUCAUUUAACUACCUUUGCGUGUAGUUCCAGAAUCUCUCUCACACACUAACAGUUCUUGAAAACUUUGACUAUGUUGUUCUCUCCAUGAGGGACAUGUUUCCAUUUCUGGGAAAGUUUGGUUAGACACAAUCAAAUGCAAAAAUAGCAGCCUGAGAGGUGCAUCUGUUAUGUGUAUCUUCCGUGUCUCUAUUUGUUCUAAUUUAUUUCACAACAUCUGUAACUGUAUAUUCUCAUUGAUAAAUGGUUCCACAUCUUGAUGUUCAUUUAUUUUUCUUGUCGCAUCACAAAA